AUUUAACUAGAUAUGCUCCACGAAGAUACAUGGUAUGAUUACAAAACAGCACUUAAUUUGAAGCAUCCUGUGGUUCCAGCUAUUGCCGAUCAACAUCAUGGACAGCAUACAUCACUCAAUGUCAAAUUCGAUAAUGUUCAAGAUGCAUCCGGGUUUAUGAAGGCAGUGUUCCAACCAAGAGGAGGACGUCGUAUGUAUGCACCUGAGAUGUCAUUUGUAAAUCCAAGAAAUCCUGACAUGGUGUCUAAAGAUUAUAAUAUUUUUAUGAUGAAUGAGUUACGUAGACGUCGUCAACAUGAAGGAGGAGCUUUGCCCCCAUCACUGGAUCCAUAUUAUGACUAUUCUUCCCGACACCAUCGUAUCAAUUCUUCUCACUGGCCACAGACACCAAGCUAUCAUCAUUCACCUCGACAAUCCUCCUCAUCAAGAAAACUUUAUGUUGUUCCCUCCAAACGACCAAGGUAUCAUCAUAUUCAGAAUGAUGAUAUAGAAUAUUAUGAACAAAGUGAACUCCAUACAUCUGCCCAAGAACCUCGCUACUUUGAUGGUAAGGCCAGCUAUUACCAAGUCAACUAUAAUAAUGCCUACUCUUCAAACCAACAAUUCAAUGAAAACGAAGAAAUAAAACACAAUGGCCAUGAAGAUUCUACAGAAGAAGAAGAAGAAGAAGAAGAAGAGGUUACUCCUCAGGAACAAGAAGCUUUACGUAAUGCUGAACUUAACAAGGUGGUCAAAGUGAAUACAAUAUCUGAACAACAUUCGUCCAACAAUGGAACUUUAUGGAAGAAUAAUAUGAAUGACCUUGUGUCGUCCAAUUUGAGAAACAUAGAUCUCACCUCAACAAUGGAAUCUACAACAGCAACAACAACAACAAGAAAGGAAGCAACAGUAGUAACAGGAAAACCGACAAAAAAACGACAUGAUAAAGCAUUUAGGGUAUUGAUAUCAUUUUUUCGGAAACUGAGAUCAAGAAAACAACAAGAUAAAAAUGGUCAACGUAAACGAAAGAUUCAAACAAUGUGGGUAACAGCACCAGUAGGCGAUGUGAUGGAUCAGCAACAACAGCAAGAGGUUAUGGAUAUGUUAUCACGGUCAUCAAACUCACCUUUCAGUAAAAAGAAAUUCAAUAAAUCAAGUGGUAUUGAACAAGAAGGAAUUGAUCUACCUACACCUCACGACAACGCAACCAAAGUAGCAGAACUGGAUCAUAUUUGGGUAUUUCGAUGUAUAACAACAAGUCAAAAUCAACAAGAAGAUUCAGGGAUCUCGACUAUAUGGACUGGAUUUGAUUACGAAAACCAAUUGAUGCUCUCUCAACACUGUGAAAAUGAUGAAGGGAUUGAAUUAUUUGAUACUCAUAUUCGUCAUGGACAACUCCCUAUUCUAGUGAUUCCAAAACGUCAAAUCUGUUUUUAUUCCGCUUCUCAUUUACCUGAUGAUCAAGUAGCUUCCUUACAAGUGGCCUGCAUACCUAAUUCAGAACAUCUUCAAUUUGUAUAUCGAUGUGGUCCUUCUGUAUGCUAGAUUUCUGACUUUGAAUAAAACUUCGAACUUUUUUUUUUU